AUGUAUCCCUGUGAGCAGCGUUUGGAUGAUCAGUUUCUCAUCCGACAUGCGAUCCGGGGCUCGGCAGAUCCGCUCCUCGUAGACUGUCAUCAAGACCUGUUCACCACAUUGACAAACGAUGGCCGGGUGCAUGUGUUUUGUCUCAUGGAAGGGAGUCAGCGUGCCAAAAAUAAACACGUGGAAAUUACGGCCGUUCAAAUUAUCGAUCUCACCAAUUUGAUCACAUUUCCGCUCUGUGUGGUUCGUUUGUGCUUGUCCACACUGAUGGCCAAUCUGCCAUUUCGGAUGAUAGAAUGA